AUGGGGAAAAAAACAACGACCCUCGAGGGUCACGUCAGUGGCCAAUGCAACAAACCCAUGUCACUGCCCGCCCACAGUCUUACGCUCGAACAAGUCAAGUCUGAAUUGAAGACGGAAGAGUGGCAUGGCCUCGAUGACGCCGAAGCCAAGCGCCGUGUCGAUGAGUACGGCACCAACGAACUUGGAGAGGCUGAGAGCGUCUCGCCAGUCAAGAUUCUGAUCGCUCAAGUUGCCAAUGCCAUGACUCUAGUUCUUAUCAUGGCUAUGGCUGUCAGUUUUGGUAUCAAGUCCUGGAUUGAAGGUGGUGUCGUCGCCUUCGUCAUUGGAUUGAACAUUGUCGUCGGUUUCUUCCAAGAGUGGUCUGCCGAGAAGACCAUGGAUUCUCUACGAUCUCUCAGUUCCCCGACCGCCCGCCUGAUUCGUGGCGGCCAGCAAGUCACAGUGCCAUCCGCCGAGGUUGUUCCUGGCGAUGUCAUUGAGGUCAAGGUUGGUGACACGAUUCCUGCCGAUAUCAGCACGGAGAGCGUUUUCUCUGCGAGUCCCUCCAGUGCGAACUAUUACCAAGCACAUGGAGAGCACUUUUCUCUCCGAAUACUCUCUGGGGUCUUCGACGCUGUCAACUUCGAGACUGACGAAGCCUUGCUUACCGGAGAGUCCCUCCCUGUCCGCAAGCAGGAGGACGCUACCUUUGAUGAGAAGACUGGCCCUGGAGAUCGUCUCAACGUCGCCUACAGUUCUUCCUCAGUUACCAAGGGCCGAGCCAAGGGAAUUGUCUUCGCGACUGGCGCCUACACCGAGAUUGGUGCCAUCGCUGCUCAACUCCGUGAGACCAAAUCCAAAGUCCGACCAGUCAAGCGAAAGGAGAACGGAAAGGCAAAGCCGCACCGUUACCUUGAGGCUUACACACUCACCACUACCGACGCUAUUGGUCGCUUCUUGGGUCUCAAUGUCGGAACACCUCUCCAGAAGAAGCUUUCUAAGUUAGCAGUAUUGCUCUUCUUCAUUGCCGUCAUUUGUGCCAUUAUCGUCCUUGCAGCCAACGAGUUCAGUUCUCGUCAGGAAGUCAUCAUUUACGCCGUCGCUACGGGUUUAUCCAUGAUUCCCGCUAGUUUGGUCGUUGUGCUCACGAUUACAAUGGCAGCAGGUACCAAAUCAAUGGUUAAGCGCAAUGUCAUUGUCCGAAAUCUCAAGUCUCUAGAGGCUCUCGGUGGUGUUACCGAUAUUUGCUCUGACAAGACCGGAACACUCACCCAGGGUAAGAUGAUUGCCCGUGGCGCUUGGAUUCCAGGUGUCGGAACGUACACUAUCGAAGACUCUACUGCUCCUCAGGACCCCACCGCUGGUCAUGUGCGUUUUGGUUCCGCUGCUCCUAGCAAGAUGGAUCUCAAGGCUGGAGGUGACGGUUGUGGUGAGCGUCUCUCUGUCGAUAAGCUUGAGGGUCACAACGUCGAGGGCUUUGGCGAGUUCCUCAAGGUCGCAUCUUUGGCCAACUUGGCUGCUGUGAAGCAGAACAAUGAAGGAGCAUGGGAGGCCCACGGAGAUCCUACCGAAAUCGCCAUCCAGGUUUUCGCGUCUCGUUUCGGUAUGAACCGUAGCCAUCUCGUCAAGGGAGAUUCUGCUACGUGGGAGGACCUCGUUGAGCUUCCUUUCGAUUCUGACGUCAAGCGCAUGUCUGUCAUCAUGAAGCAUGCCAGUGGCAACUACGCCUUUACCAAGGGUGCCGUCGAACGUGUCAUUCAAAGCUGUACCACCUAUCUCGCUGACGGCAAGGAGCAAUCCCAGCCUGUUACGGAGGAGUUCCGCAACGAGAUCCUCACCCACAUGGCAUCUUUGGCCGGUCUUGGUUUACGUGUCUUGGCUUUGGCCAGCAAGAAGUACCCCGCCGAUGUCGAGAAGGGUGCUGAGGUUGAACGUGCGUCUGUCGAAUCCGAGCUUGUCUUCCGCGGUCUCAUCGGUCUCUACGAUCCUCCCCGCCCUGAGUCAGCUGUCGCUGUCCGCCAAUGCCACGAGGCUGGUAUUGAGGUUCACAUGUUGACCGGUGACCACCCGGAUACAGCGCGGGCAAUUGCUAUCGAGGUUGGUAUCCUUCCUUCGGCUGACCGUUACAAGAAGAUCUCUGCCGAUGUCGCCAAGAAUCUGGUGAUGACCGCUUCCGAAUUCGACGAUCUUUCCGAUGACCAGGUCGAUGAGCUUCCUGUCUUGCCCUUGGUUGUGGCACGUUGUGCGCCUAGCACCAAGGUCCGCAUGAUCGAAGCUCUUCACCGCCGCGAUCGAUUCUGCGCCAUGACCGGUGAUGGUGUCAACGAUUCUCCCUCGCUCAAGCGUGCCGACGUUGGUAUUGCCAUGGGACAAGCCGGUUCAGACGUCGCAAAGGAAGCUUCCGACAUCGUCCUCACAGACGACAACUUCGCAUCCAUUCUUGCCGCUAUCGAAGAAGGCCGUCGUAUCUUUGACAACAUUCAGAAGUUCGUGCUGCACGUCUUGGCCGAGAACGUCGCUCAGGCCGGUACGCUUCUUGUUGGUCUUGCUUUCAAAGACAGGACUGGUCUCUCCGUGUUUCCUCUCGCUCCUGUUCAGGUUGUCUGGAUUAUCAUGGCUACUUCGGGAUUGCCAGACAUGGGUCUAGGUUUCGAACGCGCCGUCCCCGAUAUCCUGCAACGCCCGCCCCAAUCCCUCAAGACUGGUAUCUUCACCAUGGAGUUCCUCGUAGACAUGGUUGUCUAUGGUCUCUGGAUCACACUCCUCUGCUUGGCCAGUUUCGUCCUCGUCGUCUUCGGUUUCGGUGACGGAGAGCUUGGUGAGGGCUGCAACGAGACAUACUCGGACCAAUGCGAAUUGGUCUUCCGUGCCCGCGCUUGCACAUUCGCCUGUUUGACAUGGUUCGCUCUCUUCCUUGCGUGGGAGAUGGUUGAUAUGCGUCGCUCUUUCUUCCGCAUGCAGCCUGGCAGCAAGCGCUACUUCACUCAGUGGAUUUUGGAUGUGUGGAGGAACCAAUUCCUCUUCUGGGCCAUCAUAGUCGGCUUCGUGCUCCUGUUCCCGCUCAUCUACAUUCCCGUGCUCAACACGGUUGUGUUUAAGCACGCGCCUAUUGACUGGGAGUGGGGUAUCGUUUUCGUCGAGACCGGCAUCUUCUUUGCGGGUAUUGAGUUCUGGAAGUGGUGCAAGCGCAUCUAUUUCCGUCACAAGGGAGCCAAGAACGGUACUGGAAAGGUUGACAAGAACAUGGAGAUUGAAGACCGUGUCUUUGGUCGCUACUACAGCCACGACUCCUCCACCGUUGGUACCGGGAGCGUACAGGAGAAGGCUUAG